GUUCCUCCAAGGAUGGCUUCGCUCUUCCAGCACUUGCGGGUCCUGCUGUGGAAGAACUGGCUGAGUGUCAGGAGGCAGCCUCUCUGGUCACUGACCUUAGUUGCCUGGCCCGCAAUUACAUUCAUCCUUGUGGCCAUUAUUCGACUCAGUUUCCCUCCAGAAGCUCAGCCAAAUUGUUAUCUUGCCCCCCGGAAUCUUCCAAGUGCUGGCUUCUUCCCAUUUCUCCAAACUGUUCUCUGUAAUUCAGAUGCCGUGUGCAAAGCCACACCAUAUACACCAGAAGAUCUCCUGCCAAAGUGGAGUGUUCUUCCUAUGCUGUUAAGUAAAAAGCGGAGAAGAUUGGAUAAUCCAGAGACGGACAGCGAUCUAUCAUCUCAGAGUUCUGAUGUUCUCAAAAGCAGAAAUAGUUCAAUGGACCUGAUUGAUUUAAUAGCCAGUCUGAAGAGCUCCACUGAAAACAUUUCAUCAUCCAGCCACAACAGAACUCACUUGCUCAAAAAUAUUCUCAGCCUGGGAGAGAUGCCAAAGCAGAACCCAACUGUGGCGAACCUUAAAGCUGGUAUCUGUGAUGUCCUGUCCGCCUAUGCAUCUUCUCAGAAUCCCCUUUGGGAAGUCAUGGGAGCAAACAUCUACCAGACAUUUUGUUUCACUGAGUUGUCUCUUGUGGAGUCAUUUUUUCGUGAAUUCAGAAGUCAGAUUUCUAAGUUGCAGGUUGAUCCUCAGUACCAGGUCGCUUUCGUCAGGGAAACGGUCUCUUUCCUGUCGCUCCUCUCCCAACUGCAGAACGAAACUGCUGUGUGGCGCCUCCUACUGCUGGCCCCAGAGAUCACCAGAGGGGUCGUCCGGGUGAAGGGGAUGGUUGCUGCCCUUCAGAAUACGAGCAGAACUUUGAAAGAUACUGAAGAAGAUUUUCUAUCAGAUGUGAGUGACAGUGGACUGCCAACUCUUCAGGACACGAUUAUUAAAAUGCUAUAUUCCCUCAACUGCACAGAGCCAGAUGAGAAAAAUUCAGAAAUCACUGCUCGUUGUGAGCGCUCCCUUCACUGGAAAGGCAUCCAUACCUUGUUGGCUCAAAUGAAAGAUGUUUUCAGCAAAAUAAUUGAUCCCAAGUUUGCUGGCGCUGAUUUCAAAAUGGAGAAUCUGUCAAAGGAUUUAGAAACAAUUAAAAAAUCUCUGCAUGUUUUCAAAGAUUUACAAGAAAGUGACAGUACUACUAAACUGAAAAACCUAAAGACAUUUGAUCUAUUUGAUAAUAAGACUAUGCUGAAAUUGACUGAAAUCCUUUCACAGCAAAUGAGGGGAGAAGAACACAGUAAAUUAAGGGAUCUAUUAAGUAAGGAAGACCUCUAUGAAGACCACAGUUUUACAUCACUACUGCUUCAAACUGGCUUCAACAGGUCAUACUUAUUCCAGGUGACAGCUCACUUGAAAGAAAUUCAAAACAUCUACAACUUAACCAGAAAUAUUUGGGACCUAGUAUUUUUCAAUAAGAGUAAUUUUAAGGCCACAAAGUUAUGGCAAACCUUGAAAAUGAUAACUUCUCACAAAUUUCUUUACGUGCCUGAGAAAGUUAGGAGAUACUUAACUUCAGUUCAAGAGGUGCCAUCAUUGUUUGCAAACUCUUUACUACAGCCUACAACCACUGAAAACUUUCCUGAGAAGAUCCUUGCCCUGCAUAAAAUCUUUAAUAUUGUCGCCAAUGUUAAUACAAGUCACGGUUACCUUCUGAUCUCCUCCUUGACUGACAUGAUGCAGAGAAUCCAAAAUUCCAUUAGUGCCAGUCAGUGGAAUGAAUUCAACACCUAUUGGCAUAUUGUUGAAAAAUUAAGAUCUGCGAAACUGAAUGACACAGACAUUGUUGCUUAUGGGCAGGUUCUAGAUCUACUCCACAGGAAUCUGCACCUCCGUCACAAUGGCUCCAGCCUUCUCUUCAAUACAGAACUGAAAAAACUGACUGCAAUUGUGAACAAUUUCCUAGAAGAAUAUGGUGGAGAAGGUGUCGGGGGAGGACAUGACUCAGUGGUUUUAGACACCAUCAUGAAAACCCUCCAUGUGUUAGAAGACUUGGAGGAAAAAUACAUCCAUGAAUUAAUUGUUACUAAUCCACUAAGAAAUGCUGAUGGUGGUGAAACUAUCCAAAGAUGGUUUGAAAUAUUCAAGGAAGGAGUAGAUAUACUUUCUGAUCCAAGACUGUUGGAAGCAUCCAGUAUUAAAAAAAUGGACAACCUCUUCAGUUUUUCACGCUUGUUGUACAGGACUCCAUUAAGGCAUAAUGCAUCAGUGGAGGGAGAAGUGUUAGAACUCUGGUAUUUAACCUUGAGCCCUUUUGUAAGGGAAGAUAUUCAGGAUAAUGAAAGGCUGCUGAACUGCACUGUCAAAGAUUUCUAUCAUAUUGCUGUUGAAGUUUUGUUGAGCAAUGCCACACUAAGGGAUGCCCUGGCAGGAAGCGACUGCCAUUUCCUUUUUACUUCCAUGAAUAUGGAAAAUAGGACAGUGACCAACAAUCAAACAUUUACCGAUGUGUUUCAGCUUGUGCUACAAAAAUUAAAAUCACUGCCAACUCCAGCUGCACUCCAGAAAAGCAAAUGUUUUUCAGAUGAAUUUCAGUGCUUUGUCAAAUCACUAGAAUUAUCAUCAGGGUUUCUUUCCAGAUUGGACACCUUUAAUGACCACAAGAAUCCAUGGAUACAAAAGUUGCAUAAAAAUCUAGCAACCAUCUCAAGCAAACUCUUCCAAAAUAAUCAGACCUGCCAAGAACCAUUGCCUGGCAACAGGGCGGUUAUAAAUGAACCUUCAGUAUUUCACAUCUUGAUUCCUUUUUUGAUGAAUGAUACAGAAACUUAUUCUCAAAAUUUAUCUGUCAAUCCGUCCAUCCGGGCACAAAAGCUUGCAUUUUUUAUGUCACUGUUCAAUGAAUCUGACAAGAAUACUAGUAUGUCAGAAAUGUUAGAAAAUAUGGGAAAAGCUGUCAACCAUCUACAAUGGAAGGAUUUAUCAGCUGUCUUGAGCAAGGUUGCAAAUAUAUUGAACAUCACACAAAAUGUGACAGAUUUGCACCUACUGGAAAUUAUUAGAAAAGCUCUAAUUCUUGUCGACCUAGGAUCACCUCCAAAUUCAGCUGAAACUCAUCUAAUCUUUGAAAUCCUAAAUUGGGGAAUGAAUACUACCUAUUUUGAAGGUAUGCUUGAUUCAUUAAAAUUGUUCAACAUAACUUCUGAGACAGAUUAUAGAACUUACUUAGAAAGACAUUUUAAUACUUGGUCUAUACAUAUUGAUCUCCUGGCUCAAAGCCUUUUCUUCCCCCAUCUUCCAGAAAUAAUGUGGCUAAAUCAAAAUAUGAUAAACAAACUAUGGUGGAAUGAGUUGAGUGACCUUGAACAUGAACUGAAACCCAUAAAACUGAAUAGUUCAAAUCCAGAUACAUACAGACAUUUUCUGAAAAUUCUGCAUCAUCACUUAGUUGCCCAGCGCAACAUAUCUGAUCUUCAUUUUAGUCUACAGAUGUUUACUAGUUUUUUAUCCCAUGCAUCAAACUUCCAAAAUAAGAUCAACUCCAAAGCAUUAGCCACUGCCUUCAGGACUCUGUUAUUUCAGAAAAACUUUGAACGCCAAUUUAACACCAGCCAAUUAGAAACAAUGAUGAAUGAAAGUAAUAAAACUUUCCAGAGAAUAUAUGACACCUGGAAGAGAGGGACAAUAGUGCUGUCUGACAGCAGAUUGGAAGAAGCAACUGAUAAAGAAAGGAUUGCCGCCCUGUACGACUUUUCCCACUUUCUGUUUGAAAGAGAGCUUAACCAGUCUUUGUUGGGGUACAAAGGAAAGAUAGUGGACAUCUUGCAUUUAUCUCUGAGUCCUUUCUUAAAUAUGAAAAACCACACUGGAAAGCAAAAUAACUGCACUGCUAAGGAUAUAAUUCACAUCAUACGUCAGAUGCUGCUUAAAAACGCCACACUUCUUGAGUCCUUCAAACAAAACCCUUGUGAAACCCUUUUUACUUCCAGGGAUUUUGAAAACAGAACAAAGCCUAGUCAAACCUUGACUGAAGUGUUCCACUCCUCAAUAAGGAAUUUAAAGCUGAGUCCAGAGUCAGCAAAUUUUUACAAAAGUCAUGAUAUUUCUAGCAUGUUAUCGUGUGUCAUCAGAUCACUACAGUUUUCUUCAGGUUUGCUUUCAAAAAUGGACAUCCUCUUUAAUUCUAAAAAUCCUUGGAUACAGCAAACUUAUACAUCUUUAGCAGCCGCCUCUAAACCCCUAAAUAAUUCAGCAUGCCCAAUCCCAGCCCUUAAUGGAAUACAUGAUGUGGCCCAUUAUUAUCCUUUCAACAUUGUCUCUCCUUUCCUUGCUAAUGGAACAGACUUUCAUUCACAAAAUUUUACUGACAGGCUAGGGGACGGGAAUAAAUUGUCAGUGUUUUUUAAGUUAUUGGAGGAUCAUAUGGCCAAGGAUGUUUCUAGACAUUCUGGAUUAAACAGUUUUUCUCAAAUGUGGAACUUGGUCUCCAAAUGGAACCUCACGGAAACGGAUGAAUCAACACGUGGCAUGAAGCGAGUGGAGAGAGCUCUAAGUCACACCCACACUGGGUCCGGUCCUGCUGUAUUGGAGGCCAGUAGUUAUAGACUCAAGGAAGUGAUGUUUUCAGAUUUGUUGAAAAAGCUGAAAAGAGACCUAAAUCCCAGUUUUCAUACAAACAAACCAAAUGUGGAAUAUGCAUUUGAGCACAUUACAUAUCCUUUUGCCUUGAUCACGGAAAUGCUGUUCCAUAAAACCUUACUCCAGAAUGAGUUGGGGAAGGCAUCGUCUCCAAACAAGUUGGUUGCACAGUUUUUGUUUUCAGAAUUUGAAAAUACGUUCUUAGAAACGUUGCCUGUUGAUGGCUUUCAAUCAUACAUGUUUUGCCUGAUGAACUUGACUGGAACUCUAGACAGUGAACUAUCAGAAGGUGCUUCUGUUCCUCUGAACACAGAACAACUGAAGCAGAUUUUUUCGGUCCACCCUGGCACCUACAAGAAAUAUUCCUCCAUUCAAGAAAUCCUGAUGCUCCGACUUUCCCGUCUCCAGAACCUGACGGCGGCCCUUUGUGACCCUGAGCAGCUCAGGGCAUUGCAGCAAGCGUGCCGGCUCCCCGAGGUCAGUGCUGUGGACAUGUGCAGACAGAGUGAGUUCCAUACGAAGCUUCUCCAGGGGGUUGCACUAAGCGAUCGUCUCGUGACCAGCCCAUCGAAUCCUAGAAGCGUCUUGGGAGAACUUCAAGAAAUACUGGUUGGAGACACCACAAAACUCCAGCAGGAAAUUAACUGGUUUCGAGAAAAUGUGCCACAAUUUCAUUAUAUCCAAGAUAUCCCUCAGUAUGUGGCUUCUGUGAAUUCUAUCGCGAAUCACACAAAGAAAGCAACACAUUCCAAGAAACAAGAUAUGGUAAUAGGUCUCUUCAGAAACACUGACCACCUCAAGGAGGAUCUCAGGAACGUGGUAGGAAUGUCAGUGCAAAGUAUUGAUGCUCUACUAGAAAUGCCCCUUCCAGAAAACAGAACAGAGCUCUUCUUCCAGAUGCUCCAGCUACAGACUUGUCAAGAUGGUGGUGCUGGUGCGAAGCUAGAAAUUGUAGCCAAGGAGUUUUGCAACCUGUCGCUCCCAGAAAGGGUCCACAAAUCCUAUGUUUUGGGGAUCACACUUCUGCAUUACUUGGAUGUCUACAACUUCAUGUACAAGAUGCUUUUCCCCAAGGAACUACAAUCUUCUCUGGAUAAGGUGUUUGGUCUUCUCCAAGAUUUGGAUCACUUCAAGAACCGGGUGGAAUCUGAUGUGCGCCCGCUCUUGGAUGCAAUUCAUUCCCUUAAAAAGCUGCGUCAGUCAAGAAAUGCUCCACUUUCCAAGGCACUGUUUAAGGCGAGCAACCUAACAAUGAAUACAGGAUCAUUCAGAACCAUUUCCAAAACUCUCUGCAAUCAGGAAAUCACGCCUCUGUUUUUUGAAUCCCUGCUUCCUGAUUUUGAAGAGCAGAACAUUCACCAUUCUUCCGUACGAGAGGAGGGGGUGAAGCAUAUUAUGAAGAAAUACGGCAUUCCACACGAUUCCACCCCCUUCUGUUUGUCAUUCUAUUUGGACCUGGUUAAGACACCCACUGGAGCUCUGAUUUGGUCGUUCCUCAAACCCAUGCUGCUUGGGAAGAUUUUGUUUACACCAGACACCCCUGCAACACGAGCUAUCAUGGGAAAGUCUAAUUCAACUUUGAAAUUGAUGGCUGAUAUAGCCCAUAAAUCCCAGGAGUGGCUGGACAAUUCCCCUCUGCUAAUGAAUUCACUGACCACGUUAAAUCAGACCAUUCCAGUACUGAAGAAUACCUUGCAGAAUCCCUUUGUGCAAGUGUUCAUCAAACUCAUGGUAAGGCUGGAUGCCAUCGACCUUCUAAACCAGAUUAAUCGGCUGGAUGGUAUACGUUUGGAACUGCAAAAUAACGCUGACAUCGUAGAUCAACUUGACAUUUUAUCAAGACUAACAGUCAACAUCUCCUCCUGCGUGCUGUUUGAUCGCAUCAAACCACCGAGGAGGUCGGUAGAUGAACUGGAGACGGUGGCAAAGCAACUCUUUUUGAAGAAUGAGCUUUUUGCAAGUAUCAUCUUCAAGUUGCCCUCAGACAACGGGAAGCAGAAUGGAACAAUCUCUGGACGUAUUUCCCUUCCACCCUUGGUCAAUUAUACCAUUCGGAUGAGCAGUAAGAUUGCCCAAACAACAAAAAGGAUCCGAGAAAAAAUCUGGACGGUGGGCCCACAUAACUCCGCCUCGCAAAGCCAGAUCUACAGCCGGGCCUUUGUCUACAUCCAGGACAGUCUUGAAAGAGCCAUCAUUGAAUUACAGACGGGGAAGCGGGCGGAAGACAUCGCGGUGCAAGUUCAGGCGACCCCCUACCCUUGCUACAGUAAAGACAUGUUCCUAACCAGCGUGACGUACUCUCUGCCGUUUACUCUGAUGGCUGCUUGGGUGCUUUUCAUUGCAGCUUUUGUGAAGAAGCUUGUUCAAGAGAAAGACCUGAGGCUCUAUGAGUACAUGAAGAUGAUGGGUGUCAAUUCCAGCAGCCAUUUCUUCGCCUGGUUCCUGGAGUGUGCCUCUUUUCUCCUCAUCACAGUCACAUUCCUCAUCCUGAUCCUCAAAGUGGGCAACAUCCUCCCUCAAAGCAACGUGGUGAUCUUGUUCCUGUACCUCACCGAUUACAGCUUCUCCAUCAUCGCCAUGUGCUACCUCAUCAGCGUCUUCUUCAACAACACCAACAUCGCCGCUUUGGUUGGGAGCCUCGUUUACAUCCUGACCUUUUUCCCUUUCAUUGUGCUGCUGGUCGUUGAGAAUCAUGUCAGCUUCUCUGUGAAGAGCAUGCUGAGCCUCUUGUCUCCAACGGCAUUCAGUUAUGCCAGCCAGUAUAUCGCCCGCUAUGAAGAACAAGGCAUUGGUCUGCAGUGGCAUAAUGUGUACAAAUCACCCAUGACAGGAGACAACACCAACUUUGGCUGGAUGUGCUGGCUGAUUCUGAUAGAUUCUUUUAUUUAUUUCAUUCUGGGAUGGUACAUCAGGAAUGUUUUCCCAGGAAAAUACGGCAUGGCAGCCCCGUGGUAUUUCCCACUCCUCCCAUCCUAUUGGGCAGAGCGCUACGGUUACAUCCCCUUGUGGAAUGGAAAGGGAACAGGCCUCCACUUCACCAGUUUCUUCUUGAGGAAGGAGCCGGUGUUUCCUGAGAAGAUGUACGUUCAGAGUGCUUUGCCUUCUAACCUUGAACCGGAGCCAACCAAAUUAACAGUAGGAGUUUCUCUGCAUGGAAUAACAAAGAUCUAUGGAUCCAAAGCUGCUGUUCAGAACCUCAACCUGAAUUUUUAUGAAGGAAACAUUACUUCCUUGCUCGGUCAUAACGGAGCUGGAAAAACUACGACAAUAUCCAUUCUGACAGGCUUGUUCCCUGCUUCGUCAGGCACCAUCUUUGUGUACGGCAAAGACAUCCGAACUGACCAGGACGUCAUCAGGAAGGACAUGGGCAUCUGCAUGCAGCACAACGUGCUCUUCAGCUACCUCACCACCCAGGAGCACCUGCUCUUGUACGGCUACAUCAAGGUGCCUCACUGGAGCAAGCAAGAGCUGCAGGAGGAAGUGAGAAGGACUCUGAAGGACACCGGCUUAUAUAACCAUCGCCACAAGCUUGCUGGCUCCUUGUCAGGAGGGAUGAAAAGAAAGCUGUCGAUAUCAAUUGCCCUCCUUGGAGGGUCGAGGGUCGUGAUUUUGGACGAGCCAACCACGGGGGUUGAUCCGUGUUCAAGAAGAGGCAUUUGGGAGAUCAUAUCAAAGAAUCGAAAAGGCAGAACCAUCAUUCUCUCCACCCACCAUUUGGAUGAGGCAGAAGUCUUGAGCGACAGAAUUGCGUUCUUGGAAAAUGGAGGGCUCAAGUGCUGCGGAUCCCCCUUCUAUCUCAAGGAGACGUUCGGCAGCGGAUACCACCUGACGCUCACGAAAAAAAAGAGCUCAGCCUUAAGCCUGGCCGAAGAAUGUGACACCUCUGCCGUGACGGCCAUGAUCCAGUCGCACCUCCCCGCAGCCUAUCUCAAGGAAGACAUUGGGGGAGAGCUUGUCUACGUGCUGCCACCAUUUAACAGCAGAGUUUCUUCAGCGUAUCAGUCUCUUCUGAAGAGCCUGGACAGCAACGCGAGUGACCUCCACAUUGGUUGCUAUGGGAUUUCAGACAGCACCGUGGAAGAGGUGUUUCUCAAUUUGACCAAAGACUUGUCAAGAAGCGAAGAAGCAGAUCCAGAGCUACCCCCAGAGGUGCCCGGCUGCAGUCUAGAGAACGACGAGAUGUCCAUGAACUCCGACAGCUUCACUGAAAGAGACGACCAGGCACUGGUCAAGUCCAAGAAGCCGAACAACCUCUUGCUGAGGAAGGCCGCAGCUCUGUUUGUGAAGAGGUUUCAUCACACCCGGCGCAACGUGAAGGGCUUCGUUGCCCAGGUCAUCCUACCUGUGCUCUUUGUGACGGCCGCCAUGGGCCUUGGCACCCUGAGGACAGAGGUGGCCGAAUACCCAGCCCUCCACCUCUCACCUUCCUUGUAUGGCAGUUCUGGCCAGGCGGACUUCUUUGGAAACUAUAACGAGAGCACCCAACCUCUGGUUGCUUCCCUCCUUUCUUUUCCUGGGGUGGACAACACGUGCCUGAACAGAAGCAACCCAGGGUGUUUUAAGGAAGAUGUGCCAGGGGAGUGGCUAUCCAGUGGGAACCAGAGCAGCCAGUAUUCUGCCUGCAAUUGCACCGAAAAUCAACAGACCUGCCCAAAGAUUAAUUUUUCUCCUCCUCACAAAAGAAGUUUCUCAUCCCGGAUAGUUUAUAACCUCACUGGCCAUGAUGUUGAGACAUACCUUCUAGCAACUGCUAAGGACUUUGUCCAGAAGAGGUAUGGUGGUUGGAGUUUUGGAAUGCCUUUGACUAGCGACCUCCAGUUCGACAUUAACCCUGUGCCAGCGAACAGAACACUAACAAAGGUCUGGUAUAAUCCAGAAGGAUACCACAGCCUCCCAGCCUUCCUGAACAGCUUGAACAACUUCAUACUCCGAGCCAACUUGCCGAAGGAGAAGUCCUCCGCCUACGGCAUUUCUGUCGUUGCUCAUCCGUACCCCGGUGGAGAGAGCCAGGAACAAGUCAUGCUCAGUAGUCUACUGGACAUCAUUGUCUCCAUGUCUGUCCUGAUUGGCUACUCCAUCACGACAGCAAGCUUUGUGCUUUAUGUGGUGAAAGAGCACCAGAAUAAAGCCAAACAGCUGCAGCACAUCUCAGGCCUUGGCGUGCGGAGCUACUGGGUGACCAACUUCAUUUAUGAUCUCGCUUAUUUUAUGGUACCUGUUUCACUCUCCAUUGGAGUAAUUUCAGCUUUUCAGAUACCGGCUUUCUUCAACGACAAUAAUUUGUUGGCUGUAUUCCUUCUGCUGUUUCUGUUUGGAUACGCAACAUUUUCAUGGAUGUAUUUGCUGGCUGGGAUCUUCAAGGAAACCGGAAUGGCCUUUAUAGUUUAUGUCUGUAUCAACUUGUUCUUUGGCAUCAACACCAUCAUCACUCAUUCGGUGGUGUUUCUGCUUUCCCAAGAAAAGGCCACUGAUCAGGGCUUGCAUGAUCUUGCUGAGACCUUGAGACAUGUUUUCCUGAUGUUUCCACAAUUCUGCUUUGGAAAUGGUUUGAUCGAGCUGUCGCAGCACCAAGCCCUGAUGGGGUUCCUCAAAGCCUACGGUGUGGUUUACCCAGACAAGACCUUUGAGUUGGACAGGAUCAGUUCCAAGCUGCUGGGGCUUUUCCUCCAGGGGACCUUAUUCUUCACAAUCCGCCUUUUGGUCGAUGAUGGAUCCGUCCAAAAAGUCUGGUAUAAAAUAUUAGAAUUCUUCUAUGACAAAGUGCAUGGCCAACUGCCACUCCAGCUGGAGGAUGCUGAGGAGGAGGAGGAGGAUAAAGAUGUCCUCGCCGAAAGCGAGCGCGUCGCACUGAACAGGGCGGACUAUGAUAUGCUGCAGCUCCAGAACCUCACCAAGAUCUACCAUCUUCCCCAUCGAAGGAUUGUGGCCGUCCGCAAUGUCAGCAUUGGAAUCCCAGCUGGAGAGUGCUUCGGCUUGCUUGGUGUGAAUGGGGCUGGAAAAACCACGAUUUUCAAAAUGCUGACAGGGGACAUUGGACCAUCUCGUGGAAGGCUGCUGGUCCGAGAUGAAAACGGAUCCUUGAAUGAUGUUGACGAUGCCCACUGGUCUCUGUUUGGCUACUGUCCUCAAGAAGACGCCCUUGAUGAUCUCCUGACGGUGGAGGAACACAUGUAUUACUACGCUCGGCUCCAUGGCAUCCCAGAGAAGCAGAUCAAAGGGGUUGCACUUCAGCUUCUUUAUCGGCUUAAUCUGGUGGCUUACAGAGAGAGAAUCACGUCAAUGUGCAGCUACGGCACCAACAGGAAGUUAUCAACUGCUCUGGCUCUUCUUGGGAAACCAUCAGUUCUUCUGCUUGAUGAGCCGAGCUCUGGGAUGGAUCCCAACGCCAAGAGGCACUUGUGGAAGAUCAUCUCUGAGGAAGUGCAGAAGCAGUGCUCUGUGAUCCUUACUUCUCACAGCAUGGAAGAGUGCGAGGCUCUCUGCACACGGCUGGCCAUCAUGGUGAACGGGCGCUUCCGGUGCUUGGGCUCAUUACAGCACAUCAAGAGCAGGUUUGGGAAGGGAUUCACGGUGAAGAUGCACUUGAAUAGCGGUGCUGCUAACAUAGAGAAGCUGACACAAUUCAUGCAGCUGAGCUUUCCAGGCACUCAUCUAAAGGACCAUCAGCUGAACAUGGCAGAAUACCACGUCCCGGUGUCUGCAGGAGGAGUCGCAAAUAUAUUUCAGCUGCUGGAAGCCAACAAAGCAGUCUUUAAAAUCAGGCACUUCUCAGUGAGCCAAACAACUCUGGAAGAGGUUUUCAUCAACUUUGCUAAACAUCAGAAUGGCCCUGAUGCUCCGGAAGCAGAUUCAAAUCCCUCUGAUUCAAGCAGCCAAGAUGCCAACGUUGCACCUCUCUGUUAAGGUUUCAUUUUCACGAGGUUUUAUAUUUACUGAUUUUUGUAAUCUCUAACUCUAAAGCCCUGAAUGGUGCACCUGGACAUCAAUUUAGUCUAUUACUUGUUUGUCUCCUUUUGGUUAAUGUGGUAAUAAUUUGUGGUGUUUGGGGUUUCUGGACUGUAUGGUCACGUUCCAGUAGCAUUUUAUCCUGACGUUUCACCUGCAUCUGUGGCUGGCAUGUUCAAGGAAGAUGCCAGCCACAGAUGCAGGUGAAACAUCAGGAGAAAAUGCUACUGGAGCACAGCCAUACAGCCCAGAAACCACACAGCAUUCCAGUGAUUCCGGCCGUGAAAGCUUUCAACAAUGCUAAUUAUUUAUUUGUGCCAAGGAUGUGCAGAUGCAUUUUGGUCAUUGUGAUCUCAUGCACUCAGGAAUUACUCUCCCUCCUCCACCAGACCUGUGUGGUCCAUAAGUACCAUUUUUAGUAGGAGACAUCUGCUCUGUAUCCAGAACCAUAAGCUAAUGCUCUGCUGUAUGUAUGGAUUUUGUCAGUAUUAAAGAAAACAGCUUAAAAGCCAAGGUAGCUGCAGACUCCGUUGUCCGCAGCAAGAGCCCAGGCUACUUCACAAUGGUGAAACAGCAACGCCUCCUCUGGCCUGAGAAGCAAAAUUCUGAUUGCCUCGAAGAAGCCAGCAAAAUAUAUUGACCAGGAGAGAUCCGAGCAGUCUCGCUUUGUGCCUUCCUGCUGGAACACCUUUUGCAGUGUGCCACCUUCCUCGUCAUCUGCCGUAAUAUUCUGUAAAAAACCAAACAGUGAAAUCAGAAUAAAUUAUAUGAUGUAAAUAUAUGAAAA